CCCCACACAAUGAAGAAGCAAAACGUUCGGACUUUGUCUCUGAUCGUUUGCACGUUUACUUAUCUUUUAGUGGGAGCUGCCGUGUUUGACGCGUUAGAAUCAGAAAUGGAAGUUGGAAAUCGUCAGUUACUAUACGACGAGGAACAUUCCUUACAGCAAAAGUAUAACAUCACUAACGAGGACUUUGAACGUCUGCGCUGGAAUAUAAUUCGUACAGUUCCGUACAAGGCUGGAACUCAGUGGAAGUUUGCAGGAUCUUUUUAUUUCGCUUUGACUGUGAUUACUACUAUAGGUAAGACUUUUUUUUCCAUUUUGCCGCCAUUUUUUAUCCGUCUGUUCUUUUAUUCUGAUGAUCUAAAUCAACUGACUGGUUUAUCAUUGCUAAUCAGUUCCUUUACUUAG